AUGCCCCCUCCAUCUAGCAGACUAAACCUCAAGAAUCUAGAUAACUCCGAUGUGGCAGAAGCUUCUGAUGGCGUCAAACCGAGAUCCACAGGGUCGUCGGAUACGGAAAUGAAGAACUCAUCGAUCCCCAUUCAAAGAAACACCCAAGACGACAAGGAGUCCAGCAACGACGCAUCCAACGAGACAUCUGACUCUGACAAGAGUCUUGUGGCGCAGUUCCGCCACAGCGCCACUCAUAAGUCCUACGGCGGGCGCAAACAUGAUGUUGAUGAACACGAGCAUGAUGAUGCUCACGAGAACCAUUCCGACGACGAGCAGGCGGCUGAUUUCGUGGAGGAACCCAGCGAGGAUGCCACAGAGUCUGUUGCGCUGCUGGAAAAGCGCUUCUACUGCUCUACAUGUAAUCAGGGCUUCACCAGAAAGCACAAUAUGGUCAGUCAUGAACUUAUCCAUCUGAGUCUGAAGCCACACGUCUGCUCGCAGUGCCGCUCACUGUUUCGGCGCAUCCACGACUUGAAGCGCCACGAGAAGCUCCACACUGGUGAAAAACCUUUCCAUUGUGGCAAAUGUAACCGCCGGUUCGCCAGAACUGAUGCCUUGACUCGCCAUUUGAACUCCGCCAAUGCAUGCACCGGCAAGCCCAAGGAGGAGGAAGAAGAGAUGUCUGUUAUCAAGCCACUGGCAGAAACCACACGGCUUUCGCUGUCCAACUCAGUGCUUACGACCGAUGUAUCAGCCAAGACAUCAUCUACAGAUGCCACGGAGGCAGAUGCCAUAGAGGCCACACUAGAGGCUCCACUGGGUCGUCUGAGUUCGGACACUGCCGCGAAAGAACCUGGAGCUAAGGGGCGCACUGUCAUGCCAAUCGGAAGCAGCAGUAGUGACUCUCUGGGAGGUAUCUCUGACACAAUCAAUAAAGCCAAUUACGAUGUACAUCGGUGGAGAGCUUACCAGCAUCAACAGAAUAACCUCAAGAAUAACAGCAGCUACCCUUACAACCUGACGACGGCAACCACCGUAUCAACUGAUAGCGGGCUGGUUGGCAAACAGGAACAUAGUCGUCAAAUGGCUCGUUUUAACCACACCAUGGAAAGGGAGGUGCAUGGCCGCCCCAACUAUGAAGAGGGUCAGCACUACCAUCACCAUUACCAUCAUCACCACCACAACACAGAAGCGGUGGUACAGAGCCUGUCGGGAAAUGGCUCUUGGUCGAUCCCCAGUGAUCGCGAAGUACACCAUGACGGUCAGUUCCGUAAGCAUGACGAAUUCUAUCCCCGAGACAUCCGUGGCAGUCGCAGAGAGUCUGAUGAUCAGCAUGCCAACCAAUCAAAGAUCGACCAUCUAAGACCAAACCGGAACGGACCCAUGAGGGGUGCGUUGCCGCAUUAUCCUUCCUAUGAUCAGAGUUAUCCAUCGGACAAGUCUCAACAGAACAGAAUGUACUCACCCUAUCCGGAGGGAAACAUGCAGCAUGUCUCUCAGCCUCUGUACGAAACGAGUCCCAUGCCCAACUGGUCCAUGCAAGAGCGCACCCCCAACGUUCGUCCGCCUCUUGACCCAGGUUUUGUCUCGAUGCAAAGGUAUGCCGACCUCGUCAACUACACCAAUGACCUUCAGGCGUCAUUGACCAAGAUGGAUGACCGGAUCAAGUUUUUGGAGAACGCAGAACAUAAGAGAGAAAGUGAUGAUCAGCUUCAAGAGUUGGCUACACGGAGAAAGAGGAAAGCCAGUGAUUCAUGA